AUGGGAAAAGACAUGUGGUAUGUGUCGUUCGAUCACAUCACACAGAUCCUGGAGAUCUUCUACUUCACAGAACUCCUCUACUUCGCAGCAAUCGGACUAACAAAGAUCUCCAUCUUACUCUUCUACCUCCGCAUCUUCCCUGACUGGAAGCUCCGCCGGAUGAUCUAUGGUAUCAUUGGAGCUUGCAUUGCAUACAUGGUUGUAUUCAUCGUCGCCACUGCACUACAAUGCAUUCCGGUUAGUAUGGCCUGGCAGAAAUGGGAUGGCGAGCAUCAAGGAAAAUGCUUGAAUCUCAAUGCCGAAGGUUGGGCAUCUGCCAUCAUCAACAUUAUCCUGGACCUCAUCGUCAUCAUCCUUCCUAUGCGCCAACUCAAAGAUCUAGCCAUGAGUUGGCGGAGGAAAUUGGGAGUGAUGAUUAUGUUCUUGGGUGGUGGAUUCGUCACAAUCGUCAGUAUCCUCCGCCUCAAAUUCCUCAUCCAAUUCGCCCACACCGACAACGUGACUUGGGAUUAUCUGCCUGUAGGCUACUGGUCCGCAGUCGAAACCCACGUCGGUAUCAUCGUCGCCUGCGCCCCCGCCAUCCGCUCCCUGACAGGAAACCUCCGCAACCGUCUUUUCCCCAAACCCGCCUCCCAGCCUUCCUACUACGACGACAGCACUGCACACAGCAGUAGCAAAAGAUCAAAGGGCACAAGCAAUUCUAGAAAUUGGGGCAGUAAGAAUGGAGCGGGGAGUAGAUUGAGUUCGCUGAGUACGGCAAGAGGGGAUAAGGAGUUUGUCCAGAUUGACGAGUAUGAGAUGGAUGUGGGAGGAGGUGGCAGGUUGAAGGCCGAUCAGAGGAGUACGGCAGAGGGCUCGGAGGAGGGUAGUGUGAAUCGUUCGCACACGCCAUACGAUGAUAUCGAGGCGGCACCAUUGGCUACCACGGCGGCGCCGAUUGGAAGGGGUGUGAAUGGUAUCAUGGUGCAGACGGAUUUUACGGUUGGAAGAUCGUGAUCGCAUACCAGUCGAGAAGAUAGUCUACACAAUACUCUAUUAAUU